CCUCACUUGACUUGAGUGAAGACUUGUUGUCAAAACUCUGAUUGUCAAUGGCAUCUCCUCCUCCAUCAUCACCACCAGAGAAGCCUCCUCUUCCUCCUAACAUAUUCCUCUCUGAAGAUGAUCUCUUUUCAGAUGAAUGUCGUAAUCCCAAUUACGACACUGGAUUUCGAACUGCUCCUUCUUCUCCACCACACACUAAUCUUCCUACAGAUUCUUUACCACCCCAAAAAGAAAGUACCGUUGAAAUAUCUUCUCCUUCUUCAUCAAAGUUGUUGCAACAGCCAAAUAUAGGCCCUUUUCGGGUUCCACUUCAAGGAAGAGAUGCUGUGCCGAGUCAUCAUUUGCUCAAAUUUGAGAAUUUCUCAUUGCUCUCAAAAGCUUCAAUAGAGAAAUACAGCUCGGAGUUUGAAGCAGGAGGCUACAAAUGGAACUUGUGUAUCUACCCAACUGGGGACAAGAACAAGGAUGGGGAAGGCCAUAUUUCUAUUUACUUGGAAAUGCUGGAUACGAGUUCUCUGCAUGCUGGUUGGGAAGUUAAUGCAAUUUUCAAUUUCUUCGUAUUCGAUCAGCUUCGGGACAAGUACGUUAGUCCUCAAGAUGUGACGGUACGGCGAUUUCACUGUCUGAAGACACAAUGGGGUAUCGUCAAAUUCAUCGAUCUGGAAUCUUUUAACGAUCCUUCGAAUGGUUACCUUGUCAACGACACCUGCAGUUUCGGUGUCGAGGUCUUCGUCGUUAAAACUACAACCAAAGCAGAGAGUCUAUCAAUGAUAAACAAUCCUCUGACUCGCAAGAUUGCUUGGACUUUCCCUAAUGUUUCAAAAACAAAAUGUCAAUGUUAUGAAACCGAACCAUUUGUUGCUGGAGACUACAAAUGGAGGUUUUUGUUAUAUCCAAAUGGAUACCUAGAGGAAGGCAAGAGGAACAACAAUAUUACCUUGGCUGUAAAAUUGGAUUCUUCAACUCUUCCAUUUGGCACUAAAAUAUUUCUGCAUUACACUUUCCUCGUGGUAGACCAAAAGAAAGGCAAUGAUGUUGAACGAAGUGCUCUCACAAGAAGUUUACAAGUUUUGGUCUUUGGGAUUUGUUCUCUCUCUCUCCCUCUCUCAGAUAGCAAACUGAUAUCAUCUGCUGCUCGAGGUUUCCGCGAUUUCAUGUCUCAAGCCAAAUUUAAAGAUUUAGAAAAUGGUUUUCUGGUGGAUGACAAAUGCGAAAUAGAGGUAGAGCUUAAGGUGCUUGGCUUAGUUACACUAGAAUAGUAAAAUACUAGCGUUCUUUAGUUUUCUCUUUUUUUAUUUUCUUAAUGCUUCAGCUUAGGACUUCUAAACAUAUUCUUAAACUGCUUUUUAAGUUGUAAAAUAGCUUAUUAUGAGUGGAUGCUCUGCAUUUUCUCCCUUCUAAAAGGUAAUACUUGGGUAUUCUCUUUGAGUUA